CUGAGGCUCGGGCGCAAGAAUCGCGCCGCCAAGGGCCUUGUGGCGCGCCGCAUCCGGCCUUAUGACCAAUCGGUUUUGGUGCUCGUGGCUCUGGGCGUUCUGCGCAAGGAUUCAACGUUUGUCAUGACCACCACGUCCGACCAAACGGCGUCUGACCCGGUGACAUUUUCCAGCAUCACCGACAUCCACGACUGCGAGAGGCCCUUUGCGCUGCCUGGGGAGGUGGUGCAACUCCGACUGAGCGCCCCCAUAUCACUGGCAGCCGACCUUGAUGACUCCACCGGCUUCGCAUUUGUUGAAAAAUGA